AUUUUGUUUAAUUAAUAUUUUCAUUUAUUUAAAUAGUUGUACAAUGGUGAUUCAUUUAAACAUUUGGACAAUCAUGUCGUUAGUAUUGAUAUCAAUUUGUGACUGUAAUCCGGGUCACGGCCAUAGGAGUCAGGGAACCAGCGAUUCGUAUUUCAAAGUAUUUGGUUAUUUAAAAUUAGAGAGACACCUGUCCAUGAGAUUAUGUGGCAAGCCGUUAGCCGAGGCCCUGACAGUGGCCUGUCCUAAUAACACCUUCAAUAAUAAGAGAUCCAAUAAAAUGGUCGACUUUUCCGACUAUAGUCUCCCGGAGGAGCCCACACCCGAUGUGUUAGAAUUGACUAAAUCUAUGCUCCAAGAGAUGGUCACCGAAAAUCCCUAUCGUUUCCAUCGAAACAUACGUACAGUUCAUGAGGACUGCUGCCAGAAAUCGUGUACUUUUGCUCAGAUUGAAGAGUAUUGUAACUCCACGUCCACUCAUACCCGACCCAAUAAUAAUGACUAAGACCCUGAUCAAUUGAGAAUAACAUAAAAUAUAAUUAUUGUUAUAUAUUUUUAAGUUUCUUUUUAUUAAUUUUUUAAAUAUUAACUGUUAUUCUGAUUGACACGAAUAAAUGAUUAACAUGAAUAAUAAUUAAUGAACAGGAU